AUGCCUCAAGCUCAGCCAGAGCUUAAAAAGUAUCUCGAUAAGAGACUAUUUGUGCAGUUGAAUGGUAGCAGAAAGGUCAUUGGUGUUUUGAGAGGUUACGAUGUCUUCUUAAACAUUGUGCUAGACGAUGCAGUUGAGGAGAAAGAGGGUGGUGAGAAAGUGAAGAUUGGAAUGGUUGUUAUUCGUGGAAACUCAGUCGUUAUGCUCGAGGCAUUGGAGAGAAUAGGUGGUGGAAGGGAAAACAGAGGAGAUUGA